UCAGCUCCUGGUAGGAAGACGUGUCCUCCCUCCCUCUCCUUCCUCCUCCUCCUCCUCCUCCUCACCGGCUCUGCCUUCCCCACCUCCCGCCACUCUCAUUCCUCGCCGUACCGAGCCUCGGGUGCCACGGAACUCCGCUCGGUAGCGGUGCCAGAGACCCCCCCCGGCCCCCGCCACCGGCUCCGGUGACUCCCGGCCAAGGCCAUGGACCCCAAGGAGCGCAAGAAGAUCCAGUUCUCGGUGCCCGCCCCCCCCAGCAACCUGGACCCCCGCGCCGUGGAGAUGAUCCGCCGGAGGAGGCCCACGCCGGCCAUGCUCUUCCAGCUCUCCGAACACUCGUCCCCAGAGGAUGAGAACCUGCCCUACCAGCGCUCGGGCGAGGGCUGCCUGCUCAAACCAAAGAGGACCAACCCGUGUGCCUACACCCCGCCCUCGCUCAAAGCCGUGCAGCGCAUCGUGCAGUCCCACCUGGAGAGCGGCAUGGGCGGCGGGGACAGCUCCGACGGGGAGCCCGAUGAUGGCUGCGACCCCGACAGUGGCCUCGAGUCUGCCCCGGGGAGCCAGGGCAGAGCCGAGCGCAGCUACUUCCCCGCCGGGCUGAAGGCGCACAAGCGGAAAGGCGGGCAGAAGGUUUCCUUCGCCGGCGGCAUCGACGAGCGCGAGGAGGACCUGAAGUCGCUGACGGUGUCCGAGAUCCCCGAGGACCCCGAGGGCGCGGAGGGCGACGAGGACGAGCCGGGCCAGGAGCAGGACGGUGGCACCGGGGAGCGGCGACACGUGGGGUUCGCCGAGGUUCCCUCGCGUCCCAUCGGCACCGAGCGCCACUCGCCCACCUUCCCGCUGGGCACCAGUUAGCUGGCACCGGGCACCGGGCACCGGCCCCGCCCGGCCCCGCCGGUCCCCGCAGCUUCGCCCGUGCCCCCCGGCUGCCCCCCGCCCGCUGCCUGCGCUUCGCCUGCCGUGCGCCCUGUGCCGCGCCGUGCCGGGCCGUGCCGGGACACGCCGGGACCCCCGCACAGCCCCGGCUGCCCCCUCCCACCCCCCGGCUGCCGGUGAUGGAGGAGCCGGGGAUGGGAGCCCCGGGUGCUGGCGGCCCCCCCUGGCUGCUGCCCCCCGGCCCCGAGCGAGCAGAGCCCCCCGCCCGCAAUAAACGGCUGUACAGAG